GCGCAGCCUAUGCCUUGAAACAGCCAAACUCAUAGUGUGUCCUGUUUUAUGGUUGAUAUUCUUCUAGUGUAUCGUGAAACACUGUGCCGGAUUCCUAAACGUUCUGGUUCCAGUGGAGGCGUUAAUCCUGUGGGAGUUUCCUGACUUUGCUUUGGAAGGACGAAAAAUGAGCUGUGGAGACGCCUCAAAUCCAAGCAAGCCAAACUCAAAGAUCACGGAAGAGCAGUAGCAGAAGCUCUGAGGGCGGACAAAGUUGAUGAUGCUCAGCUCCUGUCAUGGAAGGUUGUGGAUUUUACGAAGAAAGGAGAAAACUUUGGCACAUCUGUCAAGAGUGUCGAGGUCAAGUAUGCUCUGGAAGGAAAUGAAACUUCCUUGUCUUACGUAGCGAAGUUAUCUCAUACAAUGGAUAUGAAAACCAUGGAGAAAUUUCUCCUCGUUCUCUUCAAGAAAGAACUUAAGAUUCUACAAGGAGAUCGCUCCCAAGCUGAACUCCCUCCUGACAGCUGCUGGAAUGGCCCCACUGCGCAUGCCCAGCUUUUACUUCGGGAGCCUGGAAGAGGAGAAAGAAACGAUAUUGCUGGAAGACCUUCGACCUCGAGGAUUCAAACUCGUUGAGAGUAGAAAGGGCCUGGACGCGGAACACACAACUCUCGUCCUGCAGGAGUUGGGAAGAUUCCACGCCGCCUCCGUACUCCUUCAGGCAGAGACACCGGAAGACGACUUGGCUGACAUUCACAGCUUCCUUUCAUUAGACUUCACAAACUACGAUGAAAAUGCCGCUGAGACCUUCUUUGGAUUCUGCAAGUCCUCAUGAGUCACUGGACUGGAAAUGCUGCAGAAAGUAGGCGGCUACGAGGUGGCGGAAAAGUGGAUCGCGAACAACACUGAAAAUUUCAUCAGUAUCUUCGAGCGUGACAUGAAGAGGGAAUCGCCAUUCGAAGUUCUUUGUCUCGGCGAUUGUUGGAAUAACAAUAUUUUUCUCAGGUCUGCAACUUUCUUAUUCGUAUUGAAAGGGUUAGCUUACUAUGUGCAAAAGUUUGCUUAGAUUAUUUCCAAA